CGCAACGCGGUGGAUGCGUUCCGCGUGAACGUGAUCCAUGCGCGGCAGCAGGUGCGCUCGCCGGUCACCAACAUCGCCCGCACCAGCUUCUUCCACGUCAAGCGCUCCAACAUCUGGCUGGCGGCGGUCACCAAGCAGAAUGUCAACGCCGCCAUGGUGUUCGAGUUCCUCUACAAGGUAUAUUUAUUGGUGUUGUAUGUGUUGGCUGAUGCAAUCAUAUUUUCUUCCUUGGGGAUGAAUAAAUAACUAUCUUAUUUGAUCUUAUCUUAAGAUGUGCGACGUCAUGACGGCCUACUUCGGCAAGAUCAGCGAGGAGAACAUCAAGAACAACUUUGUGCUGAUCUACGAGCUGCUGGAUGGUAAAGGAAGCCUUUUCUUUUGCCACUCUUUUAGGCUAUUGCUCUCUUUUUUCCUCUGGAAAGAAUCGUCUUGAAAAGUAGAGCUGAUGUGUCAGUCGUCUAUUGUUGCUACUUUGUGUGUCUGUGUGUGUCUGUCUGUGUGUGUUAGGGACGGACAUACAUUAUUUCGUAAAGUCGAAAUACAUGUUUUAAAUAUUAUACAUAUUUUUUUUACUUCAACGGGGGCUUGCCCGCGCUCUCAGGAAAGAGCCGGUGCACUCUGCUUGUUGUUUUAACAGAAGGGUAGGGGAGGGGUGGAAGAGGAGCAGUGGCCAGUGUGUGAUAUGGAGGAAGAACGAGAGAGAGAAGUAGCCAAACCGGCUUGCGCAAGUUAGACAAACGUAUUACUGCGAUAGGUUAUCUAUCAUCUCAUCUGGUAGUGUCUGUCUUCACUGUAUCAAAUCAAUGUAAAAGAAGCUAGCUACACUAGCCAGCUAAGUUAGCCAGCUUGCAACCUUUUUUUCAAAAAAAUGAAAACUCACAAGUAGUCGAAUAAUAAAUACGUUCGGAUAUUAGAAUAUUUGAAUAACUGUGCCCAUCCCUAGUGUGUGUGUGUGUGUGUGUGUGUGUGUGCUCAAUUGCAGCGUGUUAUUUUCCCCCUCGGUUUACAACCACCUAACAAACUUUACAGGAAUUCCACACAACCGUCAUGCCACAUCCUGAAGUGGUUCUCUCGUGCCGCGGUCAGCCUUUCUGCUGUGCUGUUGUUUUUUUAGGUUUAGACUUUUGUGACUUUUAAGCGAGAAAAUCGAAACCUAAAGAAAAUAUAGCGCCGGCAGAUGUCUACUUGUGCUGUGUGACAUGACAGACAUUGCAUGCAGACUUGCUAAUAUCCACUCAAGAUAUUAUGAUUGUUUUUAUUUCUUUCCCCAAAAAUAUUUUAAAGGGAUUUUCAGUUUUUUAUUUAUUUUUUUAUUUAAUUUUUUUAUUUUCUUACAGAUAGUGAGAUAGGAUGAUAGUGGGGAAAGAUGGAGGCCAGUAGGCCAGAUUAGAAGUACAAGGUUUCGGGGCUGUCGCUGGGCAAUACGGAAUUUCAGCUCCCUCCAAAUAUUUUCUAUUGGGUUCAGAUCUGGAGACUAGCUAGGCCACUCCAGGACCUUGAGAUGCUUCUUACGGAGCCACUCCUUAGUUGCCCUGGCUGUGUGUUUCGGGUUGUUGUCAUGCUGGAAGACCCAGCCACGACCCAUCUUCAAUGCUCUUACUGAGGGAAGGAGGUUGUUGGCCAAGAUCUCGCGAUACAUGGCCCCAUCCAUCCUCCCCUCAAUACGGUGCAGUCGUCCUGUCCCCUUUGCAGAAAAGCAUCCCCAAAUAAUGAUAUUUCCACCUCCAUGCUUCACGGUUGGGAUGGUGUUCUUGGGGUUGUACUCAUCCUUCUUCUUCCUCCAAACACGGCGAGUGGAGUUUAGACCAAAAAGCUCUAUUUUUGUCUCAUCAGACCACAUGACCUUCUCCCAUUCCUCCUCUGGAUCAUCCAGAUGGUCAUUGGCAAACUUCAGACAGGCCUGGACAUGCGCUGGCUUGAGCAGGGGGACCUUGCGUGCACUGCAGGAUUUUAAUCCAUGACGUGUGUGUUACUAAUGGUUUUCUUUGAGACUGUGGUCCCAGCUCUCUUCAGGUCAUUGACCAGGUCCUGCCGUGUAGUUCUGGGCUGAUCCCUCACCUUCCCCAUGAUCAUUAAUGCCCCACAAUGAGUGAUCUUGCAUUUAGCCCCAGACCGAGGGUGAUUGACCGUCAUCUUGAACUUCUUCCAUUUUCUAAUAAUUGCGCCAACAGUUGUUGCCUUCUCACCAAGCUGCUUGCCUAUUGUCCUGUAGCCCAUCCCAGCCUUGUGCAAGUCUACAAUUUUAUCCCUGAUGUCCUUACACAGCUCUCUGGUCUUGGCCAUUGUGGAGAGGUUGGAGUCUGUUUGAUUGAGUGUGUGGACAGGUGUCUUUUAUACAGGUAACGAGUUCAAACAGGUGCAGUUAAUACAGGUAAUGAGUGGAGAACAGGAGGGCUUCUUAAAGAAAAACUAACAGGUCUGUGAGCCGGAAUUCUUACUGGUUGGUAGGUGAUCAAAUACUUAUGUCAUGCAAUAAAAUGCAAAUUAAUUACUUAAAAAUCAUCCGUCUCUCACAGUUGAAGUGUACCUAUGAUAAAAAUUACAGACCUCUACAUGCUUUGUAAGUAGGAAAAACUGCAAAAUCGGCAGUGUAUCAAAUACUUGUUCUCCCCACUGUAUAUGCCUACAUUUGCGCGCAGGCCAGGUAGCCUAUAGGCCUACUUCUAUGUGUGUGCGUCCUUACUCAACAUUGACAGGAUCGCUCCAAACAAAAGACAAUGCCUAAAUUGACAAAAUUCGUAGAUGGAAUGAAAUAAACCAAAACUUGUUUCUCACAGGUGUAGCAUAAGUUGUGCACUCUGCAAACAAUGUGUCCACUCUGACAAUGAUAACGGGAAGACUGGAAUAAUAAUAUUGAAUGCAUUAACAGAAAUUACUGUAACCAAAGUAACAAACAUUCUAGAUUAGAAAUGAUAGGAAUUAACGGUAAAUGCACUACUGGUGAUAUAUGUAAUGGGCAAUUGAUAGACACUAACAAUCAUACGCAAACAAUUCACACAAUAAAGUUACGAAACAAUGAAUGUGCACAAAUUGGCGGUGCACAAUCUGAUGUCUGCAUUGGCCAUGCAGCAUUUAUGGUGAUGUCAGCAGAAGUCAGGGCAUUCAUACUUCUUUCGCUUCGCGGAGCAGUGCAGAGCUGUUGUGAGUUUGUGUUUUCUACAGAAUGUACCAUCCCCACCUACCGUCAACCAAUCAUGUCAAUGCGGAGCUAUACAGAGCCCUCUGCAUUUUUACAACAUUUGGGAGGCGCAUGGCAAUGCGGUACGGAGCUCGAUUUGGCCUCUGCAUGACUCUGGAGGCUCCGCAAUUGCGUCACACCCUCCAUAUGGAGCCUCCAACCACAUUUUCAGAUCAAGCAUAAAUUGGCUUUUAGUCUAGGCCUCCGCAGUGUAUUAGUUCACUGAGAUGGGCGCAAAUAUAUAAACUCUGCAAAAAAAGAAACGUCCCUUUUUCAGGACUCUGUCUUUCAAAGAUAAUUCGUAAAAAUCAAAAUAACUUCACAGAUCUUCAUUGUAAAGGGUUUAAACACUGUUUCCCAUGCUUGUUCAAUGAACCAUAAACAAUUAAUGAACAUGCACCUGUGGAACGGUCGUUAAGACACUAACAGCUUUAAGGUCACAGUUAUGAAAACUUAGGACGCUAAAGAGGCCUUUCUACUGACUGAAAAACACCAAAAGAAAGAUGCCCAGGGUCCAGAUGUGACCAGGGUAAUAAAUUGCAAUGUCGUACUGUGAGACGCCUAAGACAGCGCUACAGGGAGACAGGAUGGACAGCUGAUCGUCCUCGCAGUGACAGACCACGUGUAACAACACCUGCACAGGAUCGGUACAUCUGAACAUCACACCUGCGGGACAGGUACAGGAUGGCAACAACAACUGCCCGAGUUACACCAGGAACGCACAAUCCCUCCAUCAGUGCUCAGACUGUCCGCAAUAGUCUGAGAGAGGCUGAACUGAGGACAUGUAGGCCUGUUGUAAGGCAGGUCCUCACCAGACAUCACCGGCAACAACGUCACCUAUGGGCACAAACCCACCGUCGCUAGACCAGACAGGACUGGCAAAAAGUGCUCUUCACUGACGAGUCGCGGUUUUGUCUCACCAGGGGUGAUGGUCGGAUUCGCGUUUAUCGUCUAAGGAAUGAGCCUGUACUCUGGAGCGGGAUCGAUUUGGAGGUGGAGGGUCCGUCAUGGUCUGGGGCGGUGUGUCACAGCAUCAUCGGACUGAGCUUGUUGUCAUUGCAUGCAAUCUCAACGCUGUGCGUUACUGGGAAGACAUCCUCCUGCCUCAUGUGGUACCCUUCCUGCAGGCUUAUCCUGACAUGACCCUCCAGCAUGAAAAUGCCACCAGCCAUACUGCUCGUUCUGUGCGUGAUUUCCUGCAAGACAGGAAUGUCAGUGUUUUGCCAUGACCAGCGAAGGGCCCGGAUCUCAAUCCCAUUGAGCACGUCUGGGACCUGUUCGAUCGGAGGGUGAGGGCUAGGGCCAUUCCCCCCAGAAAUGCCCAGGAACUUGCAGGUGCCUUGGUGGAAGAGUGGGGUAACAUCAAACAGCAAGAACGGGCAAAUCUGGUGCAGUCCAUGAGGAGGAGAUGCACUGCAGUCCUUAAUGCAGCUGGUGGCCACACCAGAUACUGACUGUUACUUUUGAUUUUGACCCCCCCCCCCCCCCCCCCUUUGUUCAGGGACACAUUAUUCAAUAUCUGUUAGUUCAAUAUCUGGAACUUGUUCAGUUUAUGUCUCAGUUGUUGAAACUUGUUAUGUUCAUACAAAUAUUUACACGUUAAGUUUGCUGAAAAUAAACACAGUUGACAGUGAUAGGACGGUUAUUUUCUUGCUGAGUUUAUAUAUUUGUUACUGCUCGACUAAAACAAUCUCAGUCGACCAACAGCCUAACGACCAAACAAUCGACCGGUCGACUAAUUGGGGUCAGCCCUAAACUGUUCGAAACAGCCCCUCUCCUCCCCUGCAACCCUUUCACAGAUCGUCGCUCAUGUUCAAUACGGUCUCAGAAUUUUCCUGAUCAAAUAACAGUUACAUAAAAUAAGAUGGUGUUUCUUUGUGAGCCCAGCUGGUGAGCUCAUAGCAGAAGUGUGUGGUCUCACGGUCCCCUUACCCCUUGUAGAGAUCCUGGACUUUGGCUACCCCCAGAACUCAGAGACUGGCGCACUGAAGACCUUCAUCACUCAAACGGGCAUCAAGAGCCAGGUGGGCACCAUGACAAUAUUUUAAAGAUAUCUCUCAUAUACAGUUUGGACUGUGUGGUAGUCACCCAGUAGUAUACCUUUUUCAGCUGUUGUUGGGCAUGAGGGAUGGCUCCAGAGCUGAGGAUAUUGUUGAUUUGGAUGUAUACUUGUGUUAUGUAUUUUUCUCUCGCUCUCUUUCUUCUCUCUCUUGCGCUCUCUCUCUCUCUCUGUCUCAAUGUGCUCCGUGGCUGCCGUUUUUAUUUCCUGGUCAUUUCAUUCUCCAGCACCAUGUGAGUACUCUCCCUUUUGAUUGGUUGUUUAAAGGCAGACUCAGCCGUUUUACAUCUUGAACAGCGGGGUGACUGUCUCCUUACGGAUAUAUCACCAACAUAUUGCUGAGUCCAACUUUACAUACUGGGUUGUCGUUAGAAUUAUCCAGGUGAAAAGUGUUUCAGCCAUAACAAUCUGGCGUUCUCUUUUUCUCUCUCUCCUCCUCCUUGUCUUUUUCCUCUAUCUCCUCUUAUCUCUGUCAACCCCUUGUUUCUCUCUCCUCCCUGUCCCUUUCCUUUCUCUAUCUCUGUCCAUCCCUCCUUUUCUCCGUCUCUCUGUCCACCAGUCCAAGGAGGAGCAGUCUCAGAUCACCAGUCAGGUGACUGGGCAGAUCGGUUGGCGUCGCGAGGGCAUCAAGUACCGUCGCAACGAGCUCUUCCUGGACGUGCUGGAGAGUGUCAACCUGCUGAUGUCGCCACAAGGUACUACCAGUCUGUGUCAUGUGUGUUUUGGAGCAAGGACUUUGUAACGCUGCUGUACUGAAACAAAUCAACAAAGACAAACGUACGCUGGACUCGGGUCUUGGGCCUUGAAUUAAUACAUUUUAUUGGACAUGUUUAAAAUGCAUAUAGAGGUGACUCAUUUAUGUGAGGACAACAAUACUUACAUAAAAAAUUAUAGAGAAUUUAAAAAACAAUGAAGUCUACCGACUUAUUUCCAUUAUGCUCCUCGUUAUCAAGUGGGCAGCAAGAAUGGACAGUUUGGGCAAGACUAGCUGUGCAUUCGGCACUUCAAAGGCACUUCACAUUCAAUACAAUUGGAAAAUACAUACAAUACAGUUAUCUCCAAAAGUAUUGGGACAGUGACACACUUUUUGUUGUUUUGGCUCUGUACUCCAGCACUUUGGAUAUGAAAUGGUACAAUGACAGACUGGUUGAAGUGCAGACUGUCAGCUUUAAUUGGAGGGUAUUUUCAUCCAUAUUGGGUGAACCGUUUAAAUUACAGCACUUUUUAUUUUUUUACAUAGUCCCCCCAUUUUAGGGGACCAAAAGUAUUGGGACAAAUUCACUUAUGUGUAUUAAAGUAGUCAGAAAUGUCAAGCUUGUGACUAUACAAACUUGUUGGAUGCAUUUUCUGUUUGUUUUGGUUGUUUCAGAUUAUUUUGUGCCCAAUAGAAAUGAAUGGUAAAUAAUGUAUUGUCAUUUUAUUGUAAAUAAGAAUAGAAUAUGUUUCUUAACACUUCUACAUUAAUGUGAUGCUACCACGAUUAAGGAUAGUCCUGAAUGAAUCGUGAAUAAUGAUGAGUGAGAAAGUUAGACUCACAAAUAUCAUACCCCCAAGACAUGCUAACCUCUCACCAUUACAAUAACAGGGUAGGCUAGCAUUUUAUUUGGGGGGGGGGGGGGGGUAUGAUAAUUGUGCGUCUAACUUUCUCACUCAUCAUUAUUCACUAUCCGUAAUCAUGGUAGCAUCCAUCCACAUUAAUGUAGAAGUGUUUAGAAACGUAUUCUAUUCUUAUUUACAAUAAACGUGACUCCGAAAUGACACAAUACAUUAUUUACCAUUAAUUUCUAUUGGGCACAAAAUAAACUGAAACGCAACCAAAACAAACAGCAAAUGCAUCUAACACGUUUGUAGAGUAACAAGCUUGAUGUAAUCAUUGCGUGCUAGGAAUAUGGGACCAAAUACUAAACUUUUGACUUCUUUAAUACACAUAUAAGUGAAUUUGUCCCAAUACUUUAGGUUCCCUAAAAUGGGGGGAUAUGUACAAAAAGGGCUGUAAUUUCUAAAUGGUUCACCCAAUAUGGAUGAAAAUGCACUUUAACCUCAUAGUCAUUGUAUCAUUUCAAAUUCAAAGUGCUGGAGUACAGAGCCAAAACAACAACAAAUGUGUCACUGUCCCAAUAUUUUUGAAGCUCACUGUAUAUACACAAUAUACAAUAUACACCUGGACUAGUCAAGGUCAGUGAUCCAAAUCAAAUCAAAUUGUGUUGGUCACAUACAUGUGUUUAGCAGAUGUUAUUGCGGGUGUAGCGAAAUGCUUGUGCUUCAAGCUCCGACAGUGCAGUAAUAUCUAACAAGUAAUAUCUAACAGUUUCACAACAUAUACCCAAUACACACAAAUCUAAGUAAAGCAAUGGAAUUAAGAAUAUAUACACACAUAUAUGGACGAGCGAUGUCAGAGCGGCAUGGACUAAGGUACAGUAGAAUAGUAUAGAAUACAGUAUAUACAUAUGAGAUGAGUAAUGCAAGAUAUGUAAACAUUAUUAAAAGUGACUAAGAUACCGUAGAAUAGUAUAGAAUACAGUAUAUACAGUGCCUUGCAAAAGUAUUCAUCCCCCUUGGCGUUUUUCCUAUUUUGUUGCAUCACAACCUGUAAUUUAAAUGGAUUUUUAUUUGGAUUUCAUGUAAUGGACAUGCACAAAAUAGUCCAAAUUGGUGAAGUGAAAAAAAUAAUAAUACAUGUUUCAAAAAAUUAGAAAAUAUAAAUAACUAAAAAGUUGUGCGUGCAUAUGUAUUCACCCCCUUUGCUAUGAAGCCCCUAAAUAAGAUCUGGUGCAACCAAUUACCUUCAGAAGUCACAUAAUUACUCUACCUGUGUGCAAUCUAAGUGUCACAUGAUCUGUCACAUGAUCUCAGUAUAUAUACACCUGUUCUGAAAGGCCCCAGAGUCUGCAAUACCACUAAGCAAGGGGCACCAUGAAGACCAAGGAGCGCUACAAACAGGUCAGGGAUAAAGUUGUGGAGAAGUACAGCUCAGGGCCAGGUCGCAGUUGUAAAUGAGAACUUGUUCUCAACUGGCUUACCUGGUUAAAUAAAGGGGGGAAAAAAAGGGGGAAAAAAGGGUUGCUUUUUGAUGUGUGUUUGGGGUUGUUGUCCUGCUGGAAGACCCACAACCUUCAAUGGAGACCCAGUUUUUGGACACUGGGUUAAACAUUGGACUUCAAAACACCUUUAUAAUCUGCUGAUUUCAUGAUGUCUUGCACAAGUUCAAGGCCCCCAGUACCAGAGGCAGCAAAGAAACCCCACAAUUAAAAUUGUAGACUUAAAGGUGCUACACAUAAGAUUAUUUUAUAUAUAUAUAAUGUUUGUAUUGUAAUUUCAGAAAAUGUCCUAUAUCAGAUAUAAAAAUAUAUCUGCAGUAAUAAUGGAAUGAUAGUGUUUCACAGUAUUACUUAUCCGCCGGUGUUGUGAUUGGCUGUGAUUUUCGCCUAUUGAUUUCUCCCGCCGGAGCAGUAUCUGUUGUCAAAAUGGGAAAGCUGUUUUGACUUAGUGGCUGUGUUAUCUAGUGGAAAUUGCCUCCAUUUCCUGGUUGCUAAAAGUCUACACUGUUCACUCAAUUUCAGUUUGUGAGAAAACAAGCACUGAAUACUGUACGGAAUCAACAUUUUUGUGCACAAAUUUGUUUACAUCCCUGUUAGUGAGCAUUUCUCCCUUGCCAAGAUAAUCCAUCCACCUAACAGGUGUGGCAUAUCAAGAAGCUGAUUGAACAGCAUGAUCAUUAAACAGAUGCACCUUGUGCUGGGGACAAUAAAAGGCCACUCUAAAAUGUGCAGUUUUGUGUCACAACACAAUGCCACAGAUGUCUCAAGUUUUGAGGGAGCGCGCAAUUGGCAUGCUGACUACAGUAAUGUCCACCAGAGCUGUUGCCAGAGAAUGUAAUGUUAAUUUCUCUACCAUAAGCCGCCUCCAAAGUAGUUUGAGAAUUUCGCAGUACUUCCAACCGGCCUCACAACCGCAGACCUCGUGUAACCAUGCCAGCCCAGGACCUCCACAUCCGGCUUUUUCACCUUUGUAUCGUCUGAGACCAGCCACCCGGACAGCUGAUGAAACUGAGGAGUAUUUCUGUCUGUAAUAAAGCCUCUUAAAAAAGCCCACCCGUGGCUGCCCCCCUGCCCAGUCAUGUGAAAUCCAUAGAUUGGGCCUAAUGAAUUUAUUUCAAUUGACUGAUUUCCAUAUAUGAACUGUAACUCAGUAAAAUCGUUGAAAUUGUUGCAUUGCAAACAGGUCUAAUAACUGGUUUGGACAACUGUAAGUGAGCUAGUAAGCUCCCUCCAUGUGUAAACAAGAAGUACAAAUAGGGGGGUGUUGUCACUGGACCAACAAAGGGGAUGGAUCCAGAAUGUCUCUCUGGACCUUCAGUGUUUGUCAAGUGCACUAGGAAGUUGUGCUCUAGGAACAUCCAUGAGUUUACUUUCAGCUUGAUUUAACCAUGUGUGAUUGUAGCCCUUUGCUCUAAAUCUUUCUAGGAGUUCAUCCUUUAUUCUGUUGAAUGCACUUUCACUCAUGGAUGUUCUUAGAGCACAACUACUGAGAAAGCCCACAAGCCCUAGAGCCAGACCUCCUAUCCAACUGGUUACUACCUACACCCCACAAAGUCCAGAGCUAUUAGGCAUCAUUAAAAAACAUUGGCAUAUUCUACGCUCAGAUUCAGCUCAAGGUAAUACAUUUCAGCAGCCUCCUACGGUCGCCUACUGUAAAGCUAAAAACAUUAAAGACAGUGUUGUCCGAUCCGACAUCAGCCAAGGCGCAAAGACUAGCCUCCUGCAUAUUUCCCCCGGCAACUACAAGUGUGGCAAUUGUUUCUCACACCCUAGAUCGGGUCGAGACAUAAAAAUCUAAAGUACCAUCAAUUGUAAUUCUCGCGAUGGGAUCUGUGUGAUUCACUGCCCGUGCGGCUUAUUUUACGUAGGAGAAACUUCUAGGGAGUUACACAGUCAGUAAAAACAAACACGGUGGCGAUGUUGACAAAAGGUCCAGAGAGACGUUCUGGAUCCAUUCCUUAGAUACUUUAAUCCCCAGAGGUCUUAAUCUAGAGAAGGACUAUAGUAUGCUUUUGUGAUGGGCCCCAUCCCUUUGCUGGUCCAGUGACAAAAGAAAAAAUCCAGUGUAGCAACCUUUUUAAGUUUACAAAAAUAAAAUUGGUUCUGCAAUGUUAAAAAUCCAAUAUGAUUUUUUUUUUUUUGUGAUUACCCCCUUUUUUGUGAUUAUGAUCUUGUCUCAUCGCUGCAACUCCCCAACGGGCUCGGGAGAGGCGAAGGUCGAGUCAUGCGUCCUCCGAAACAUGACUCGCCAAGCCGCGCUUCUUAACACCCGCUCGCUUAACCCGGAAGCCAGCUGCACCAAUGUGUUGGAGGAAACACUGUUCAACUGACGACCGAAGUCAGCCUGAAGCCCCCCCGGCCAAACCCUCCCCUAACCCGGACGACGCUGGGCCAAUUGUGCGCCGCCCUAUGGGACUUCCGGUCACGGCCGAUUGUGACAUGGCUGUAGUGACGCCGCAACACUGCAAUGCAGUGCAUUAGACCGCUGCGCCACUCGGGAGGCUAAUUGCAACUUAUUUUAGAAGAAAUAGGGAAGGAUUUAAGAAAAGUGCAAGGGUGCCAUUAUAUUUGUCCUCAACUGUAUAUAUGACUAUGUAUGCACAUUUAGCUGUGUGGUAUAGUGCCGGUGUGGCCACUAGAGGCCGCCACCCACCUGUUUUUUAAUGUGUGAGAAGGCUUCUCUUCUACUAUAAAUGAUUCUAUAACUCUACAUAAGAGUAUCACUACCUCAUAAAACACUCCUUGACAGCUCUCCUGAACCGGUUACCUGCCUUCCGUGUUGCACCGUGGUAACCUCGCCCUCUCUCCCUCUGCUCCAAACAGGCCAGGUGCUGAGCGCCCACGUCUCGGGCCGCGUGGUGAUGAAGAGCUACCUGAGCGGCAUGCCGGAGUGCAAAUUUGGCAUGAACGACAAGAUUGUCAUUGACAAACAGGGCAAGGGGGGCGCCACCGAGGAGGCGGCGGGCAAGAGGUGAGGUGGCAAUGGGUGUGGCCGGCUUUGGCCAUUUAGAUUCAAUCUUUUUAUUUGAUUUUCCAGCAGCGCACCACCCUGCAUCCCACUGCUGGCUUGCCUCUGAAGCUAAGCAGGGUUGGUCCUUGAUGGGAGACCAGAUGCUGCUGGAAGUAGUGUUGGAGGGCCAGUAGGAGGCACCUCUGUUCUAAAAAAAUAUUUAUACGGAAUAUUAUAUUAAAUAUUCGGAAGUUUACAUACACUUAGGUUGAUGUCAUUAAAACUUGUUUUUCAACCACUCCACACAUUUCUUGUUAACAAACUAUAUUUUUGGCAAGUCGGUUAGGACAUCUACUUUGUGCAUGACACAAGUAAUUUUUCCAACAAUUGUUUACAGACAGAUUAUUUCACUUAUAAUUCACUGUAUCACAAUUCCAGUGGGUCAGAAGUUUAUAUACACUAAGUUGACUGUGCCUUUUAAACAGCUUGGAAAAUUCCAGAAAAUUAUGUCAUGGCUUUAUAAACUUCUGAUAGGCUAAUUGACAUUAUUUGAGUCAAUUGGAGGUGUACCUGUGGAUGUAUUUCAAGACCUACCUUCAAACUCAGUGCCUCUUUGCUUGACAUCAUGGGAAAAUACUUAUUUUCCACCAUAAUUUGCAAAUAAAAUCAUAAAAAAUCCUACAAUGUGACUUUCUGGAGAAAAAAAUUCUCAAUUUGUCUGUCAUAGUUGACGUGUACCUAUGAUGAAAAUUACAGGCCUCUCAUCUUUUUAUGUGGGAGAACUUGCACAAUUAGUGGCUGACUAAAUACUUUUUUUCCCCACUGUAUAUCGACAUAACCUGAAAGGCCGCUAAGCAAGGAAGAAGCCACUGCUCCAAAACCGCCAUAAAAAAGCCAGACUACGGUUUGCAACUGCACAUGGGGACAAAGAUUGUACUUUUUGGAGAAAUAUCCUCUGGUCUGAUGAAACAAAAAAUAUAACUGUUUGGCCAUAAUGACCAUCAUUAUGUUUGGAGGACAAAGGGGAUGCUUGCAAGCCGAAGAACACCAUCCCAAUCGUGAAGCACAGGGGUGGCAGCAUCAGGCUGUGGGGGUGCUUUGCUGCAGGAGGGACUGGUGUACUUCACAAAAUAGAUGGCAUCAUGAGGAAGGAAAAUAUGUGGAUAUAUUGAAGCAACAUCUCAAGACAUCAGUCAGGAAGUUAAAGCUUGGUCGCAAAUGGGUCUUCUAAAUGGACAAUGACCCCAAGCAUACUUCCAAAGUUGUGGCAAAAUGGCUUCAGGACAGCAAAGUCAAGGUAUUGGAGUGGCCAUCACAAAGCCCUGACCUCAAUCGUAUAGAAAAUGUGUGGGCAGAACUGAAAAAGCGUGUGCGAGCAAGGAGGCCUACAAACCUGACUCAGUUACACCAGCUCUGUCAGGAGGAAUGGGCCAAAAUUCACCCAACUUAUUGUGGGAAGCUUGUGGAAGGCUCCCCGAAACGCUUGACCCAAGUUAAACAAUUUAAAGGCAAUGCUACCAAAUACUAUUUGAGUGUAUGUAAACUUCUGACCCACUGGGAAUGUGAUGAAAGAAAUAAAAGCUAAAAUAAAUAAUUCUCUCUACUUUUAUUCUGACAUUUCACAUUCUUAAACUAAAGUGUUGAUCCUAACUGACCUAAGACAGGGAAUUUUUACUAGGGUUAAAUGUCAGGAAUUGUGAAAAACUGAGUUUAAAUGUAUUUGGCUAAGGUGUAUGUAAACUUCUGACUUCAACUGUAUAUCCCAUUGCCCCAGGGCAGUAAUUGGGGACAUUGCCCUGUGUAGGGUGCUGUCUUUCAGAUGGGACGUUAAUUGGGUGUUCUGACUGUGGUCGCUAAAGAUCCCAUGGCACUUAUCGUAAGAGUUGGGGUGUUAACCCCGGUGUCCUGGCUAAAUUCCCAAUCUGGCCUUCAUACCAUCAUUGCCACCUAAUCAUCCCCAGUUUCCAAUUGGCUCAUUCAUCCCCCCUCCUCUCCCCUGUAACUAUUCCUCAGGUUGUUGCAGUGAAUGAAGUGUUCCGAGUUAACUUAACAUGUAAAAUAAAUACAUAAAUGAUUUUUGCAGAUGUCACUGUCAGAGAGCAUCAAACAAGAUAUCACAACAAAAACAGUGGCCCAAGUAGUCUUAGAUGUGAGGCAAAAAAUAUAGAUAUAGAAGUAGAUUAGAAUAUAGAUUAGAAUAAUCUAUAGAAUAGAUAUAGAAAGGCACUUGAUCUGAUUCAAUUAAGCUGUGCCCUUGUAUUUCCAAGGGGGCAGAGGUGCUUAAUGAGUUUUCAGAGCUACAGUCCAUUAAAGUCUCACCCCAGUAAGCUGUUGAAUUCACCUUUAGGAAAUAGCCUAAACUCUAGAGCAAGCUGACUGAAGGCCCUUUGCUGGUGCCUGCAACUAUACCGUGAAUUAAUAAGCUAGCCUGAGUGCCGGUCUGUUUGUGCCGAAUGUUUGGCUUACCAAUUACAUCAAUGGAGUUGGCAAGAACACAACAGAUCUGGGACCAAGCUAGAAUUAAGCUCCUAUACUGUACUUUUGGUUAGAAAAUAUUUUUCUGCUGCAAUGUUUGUUUAUGCUCAUUGAAUGUUUUGUAAAGCCUGGAACAUCGUGAUUUUUUUAAAGUGCCCAUAAUGAUCAAAGCAAAGUGGGCCACUGACACUGUCAAGGACGGAAUUGCUGUUGAAAAGACUUUGAGAUAAAACUGGAAAAUUUAAAACUUUAAAUCAUUCUCUCUCUAAAGUGUUUUCACAUGCAGUGCUUCUUGUCCAAAACACUGAUUGGGAGGUGAAUACAUUGUCUGUGUCCCAAAUGGCACCCUAUUCCCUAUAAAGUGCACUACGUUUGACCAGAUCACUCCGUUUUACGCAGCCAUUGUAACCAAGUCAUCAUGCCGCAACUACAUCACAUGGCUUGUUACUUUGUUCAUCAUUUUCCAUCACCUUCUUUUUUUAUGACGUUUUUAUUACGUGGCAUUAUGUUUAGAGUGCUAAGAUUUUAAGUGUCAAGCUGUGUUUUUUCCCCUCUUGAUUUGUGGUUUUAUUUUCUCCCUCUCUCUGUGCUGGACCUCAGUGAUUUGGGGGGCAGGUAGCGUACAUCACUCACUCGGUCAGACUGCUCUCUCCAUCCUCGGUCUGCCUCAAUCAGCCUCUGUGUGUGUCUGUCUUGUCUGUCCAUCGUUUUGUCGACACAGAGUUGCGUUCAGUACAGAGCAAUGCUAUGUGUCUGAUUUUCUGACAUGUAGAUUUGAACAUGUCGUGUUCAUAAUCAAUCAAUCAAAUGUUGCAUCCUUCUGAACGCGACAUGACGUGCAAGUCAGACUGACCAGGCAAUUAGUGUUGUAGUGUCUGGCUUGCAUGCCUCUACCAUUGUGUGUGUGUGUGUGUGUGUGUGGAUUUCAGUAUGAAGGAGCUCAGUGUGUGCAUCAGCUCUUCAUUGAAAUUCAUACUCUUCCUAAAUUUGUGUUAAUCGUUAAUCUCACUGUCAUCUAUUUUGUACUGUAUUAAUGUCUGUGUAUUAUGAUUAGGCUAGGUUUCCCCUCCUUCAGUGUGUGUGUGUGUGUGUCUGUGUGUGGCCCUCUUGUUCCCUCUAAACACCUCUAUCUUUCUCUCUCUCUCCUUUAUCUCCAUCUCUUAGUGGCGGUGGCGGUGGUGGUGGUAAGCAAUCCAUAGCCAUUGACGACUGUACAUUCCACCAGUGUGUGCGUCUCAGCAAGUUUGACGCUGAGCGCAGCAUCAGCUUCAUUCCUCCGGACGGAGAGUGUGAGCUCAUGAGGUAACGAGCUUGUGUGAUACAGACACACAAACACACGCACACAUUCACACACAGGCUCUGUCUUUAUCUGUCCGUUUUGUGUGUGUGUGUGUGUGUGUUUGCCUCUUCUUCUCCACAGGUACCGCACCACCAAGGACAUCAUCCUACCCUUCCGCGUCAUCCCCCUUGUCAGGGAGGUGGGCCGCACAAAGCUUGAAGUCAAGGUGGUCAUUAAGUCCAACUUCAAGCCCUCGCUUCUGGCUCAGAAGAUUGAGGUAUGGCUACAGAGGGAUAUAGGUUUACCAUAUGAUCAUAGAGCUUUGGGCACAGUAACUGACCAGGUCGUGGUCAUCAUGGUCAGGUCGUGUGGUCAGGUAAAAGUCCUGAAAUGACACACUUUCGUAGUAGUGCUCUACAUAGCCAUUGCACCCUUGGUCUUACCCAUAACGUAAUGAAUGAAUGAGUGCUUGUAGAUGGGGAGUGGAUCCACUGAACUGAACGUCUUUUUCCAUGUUUUUACUAACCAGGUGCGCAUCCCCACCCCUCUCAACACCAGCGGCGUCCAGGUGAUCUGCAUGAAGGGCAAGGCCAAGUACAAGGCCAGCGAAAACGCCAUCGUCUGGAAGUAAGUUUUCCUCAUUGUCGUUCUCAGGUUAGCCGUACCAGGGCCCUGUUUAUUAGGGCACACAUUGGAAAGCAUUAGGCAGCCAGGGGGGAAAAACUGGAAAAUAAGUGGUUCUUAUUGGACAAGUCCAGAUAGUCCCUCCCUCUUUCAGUCAAUUUCUUCGUGCCUAAUGAACUCCACCCAGGUUAGGCACCAGCCUGAGAAAUAUGUACGCUUCGCAGUCAUCUAUGAACUACUGACCGAAAAAAGUUGUUAAUUGUGUCACUGGUUAAUUGGGUACUUUAUUCACAACACGCGGGUUCGAGGGAUCGAUGAUUGCUAACCUGGGCCCUCAGAGCUGCAAACUCUUGUUGUUUUUAUCAACUAAGCCGGGCUUCGAUCUCUGCCUAAAUGGAUGCUAAUUCAGCAGCAACAUCAGCCUUCACUAGCCACAUUGUUGACCUCACCUUAGCCCAGACAUAAUGGCAAUUUCAAGGGGAUUUUUAACCCCACCCACAACGAUUCAGAGGAAGACGAUUGACCCGUUAAUAUUUUCUCAAUGAUUUUGAGAAAUGGCAACUCAAUUGAGGAGAUCCAGGUUGAGUGGAAUUAAAUUAUUUUAUAUAUUUAUUUUUAAACUGAAACAUAUGUAAGACUAUAGGCUGAAGUUUGUGUGUGAGAGAGAGAGAGGGAUGGGCAUUUUAAAUUAUUUCACUAUUAAAAUAAAAUCAAACAUUGUUUUCAGAUAGUCGAAAUUCAAAAAAUACAAAUCGCUCUAUUCCCUUGACCAAUCAGAAUGAAGCAAAAUGCCACAAAAAUACCACAACAGUGCAAAUGUUUUCAUGGUAGCUGGCUAACAGUAGCCUAGGCUAACAGCAACAGUGAAAGAUAAGUCUUAUGUUCGCCAUCAUGGAACUGAUUCUGUUUCAAGAAAGGUUUUCUACAUACAGUGCCUUCGGAAAGUAUUCAGACCCUUUAACUUUUUCCACAUUUUGUUAGGUUACAGCCUUAUUCUAAAAUUGAUUUAAUAGUUUUUUUGCCUCAUCAAUCUACACACAAUACCCCAUAAUUACAUUUUUAGAUUUUUUUGUGAAUUUAUUAAAAAUAAAAGAACUGAUGUCACAUUUACAUAAGUAUUCAGACCCUUUACUCAGUACUUUGUUGAAGCACCUUUGGCAGCGAUUACAGCAUUGAGUUUUCUUGGGUAUGACGCUUAUUUAUAUUAUAUAUAUUUAUAUUAUUACAAGCUUGGCACACCUGUAUUUGGGAAGUUUCUCCCAUUCUUCUCUGCAGAUCCUCUCAAGCUAUGUCAGGUUGGAUGGGGAGCGUUGCUGCACAGCUAUUUUCAGGUCUCCAGAGAUGUUGGAUCAGGUUCAAGUCCGGGUUCUGGCUGGGCCAGUCAAGGACAUUCAGAGACUUGUCCCAAAGCCACUCCUGCGUUGUCUUGGCUGUGUGCUUAGGGUCGUUGUCCUGUUGGAAGGUGAACCUACGCCCCAGUCUGAAGUCCUGAGCGCUCUGGAGCAGGUUUUCAUCAAGGAUCUCUCUGUACUUUGCUCCAAUUAAUCUUUGCCUCGAUCCUGACUAGUCUCACAGUCCCUGCCGCUGAAAAACAUACCCACAGCAUGAUGCUGCCUCCUCCAUGCUUCACUGUGGUGCCACGUUUCCUCCAGACCUGACGCUUGGCAUUCAUGCCAAAGAGUUCAAUCUUGGUUUCAUCAGACCAGAAAAUCUUGUUUCUCAUGGUCCAAGAGUACUGUGGAGUAGCUUCUGUCUGUUCACUCUACCAUAAAGGCUUGAUUGGUGGAGUGCUGCAGAGAUGGUUGUCCUUCUGGAAGGUUCUCCCAUCUCCACAGAGGAAGUCUGGAGCUCUGUCAGAGUGACCAUCGGGUUCUUAGUCACCUCCCUGACCAAGGCCCUUCUCCCCCGAUUGUUCAGUUUGGCCGGGCGGCCAGCUCUAGGAAGAGUCUUGGUGGUUCCAAACUUCUUCCAUUUAAGAAUAAUUGAGGCCGCUGUGUUGUUGGGGACCAACACUGCAUUCCACAAUAAGAACAUCAUACCAAAGGUCAAGCAUGGUGGUGAUGGUGUGAUGGUUUGGGGAUGCUUUGCUGCCUCAGGACCUGGACGACUUGCCUUAAUAGAAGGAACCAUGAAUUCUGCUCUGUAUCAGAGAAUUCUACAAGAGAAUGUCAGACCAUUCGUCUGUGAGCUGAAGCUGAAGCGCAGCUGGGUCAUGCAGCAAGACAAUGAUCCAAAACACACAAUCAAGUCUACAUGAAAAUUGCUAAAAAUCAACAAAUUGGAAGUUUUGAAAUGGCCUAGUCAAAGUCCAGACCUAAUCCCAAUUGAGAUGUUGUGGCAGGACUUGAAAUGAGCAGUUCAUGCUUGAAAACCCACACGUCCCUGAGUUAAAGCAGUUCUGCAUGGAAGAGUGGGCCAAAAUACCUCCACAGCGACGUGAGAGACUGAUCAACAACUACAGGAAGCAUUUGGUUGGAGUCAUUGCAGCUAAAGGUGGCACAACCAGUUAUUGAGUGUAAGGGGGCAGUUACUUUUUCACACAGGGGAAUUGGGUGUUGCAUAAAUUUGUUUAUGAAAUAAAUAUGUAAUUGUUGUGUUAUUUGUUCACUUAUGUUCCCUUUAUCUAAUAUUAGGUUUUGGUUGAAGAUCUGAUAACAUUCAGUAUCACAAAUAUGCAAAAGUAGAGAAAAUUAGAAAGGGGGCAAAUACUUUUUCAUAGCACUGUAUAUAUAUAUACAUACACACACUGAGUAUUAAUAUAUAUGUAUAUAUAUUAAUACUCAGUGUGUUCGAAUACAAGUGUUUGAAUAGUAACGACCGUUUGGAUAUCCGGAUAUUCGAUUAACCGUGCCCAUCCCUAGUGUGUGCUCGCGCGCGCCUGUGUUUGUGCUGUGGAACGGUCU